GGCCGGCGGCCGGGGAGCGCGGGCGAGCUCAGCGCGUUGCAACCCGGCUGAGCCUGGCGAGAGCAAGCGGCGCGGCGGGCGUCGGCGGCGGGGCGCUCGGGGCCGAAGGAGCUGAGCGCGGUCAGGGGCUGAACCCCGCUUUCCCAGACGCACUACCACUCCGCUUGCCCACGUCCCGGGAGAUCGCAGGGCCCGUCAGUGUGCCACCGACCUCUUCGGCCGCUGCGCUUCUGGCCCGCGAGGCGUGCCACUGUCUUGGCUACCGACCGGGAGGGAGCGCUCUGCCAGAAUGAGAGCGGCUCACAGUCGGGACGUCUCCUUUACGGUGAUGCUGACAAUCGUCUGGUUCGUCCUGGCCCGCUUUCCUGGUGCCGCAUCCACAGUGGCAGCUGAGUGCCCUGAUCAGUGGCCUGAGCUGCAGCCCUGGAAUCCUGGCCAUGACCCAGACUACUACGUGCACAUAGGCCAGGGCAGAACACUGCUGCUCAUCUCUUCUGCCACGGUCCAUUCCAUCCACAUCUCAGAGGGAGGAAAGCUAGUCAUUAAAGACCAAGAUGAGGCAAUUGUUUUGCGUACCCGGCACAUCCUGAUUGACAACGGAGGAGAGCUGCAUGCUGGGAGCGCCCUCUGCCCUUUCCAGGGCAAUUUCAGCAUCAUUUUGUAUGGAAGGGCUGAUGAAGACGUUCAGCCAGACCCUUACUUCGGCCUCAAGUACAUCGGCGUCGACAGAGGAGGCACCCUUGAGUUGCAUGGACAGAAGAAGCUCUCUUGGACAUUUCUGAACAAGACUCUUCACCCCGGUGGCAUGGAAGAGGGAGGUUAUUUUUUUGAAAGGAGCUGGGGUCACCGUGGAGUCAUUGUUCAUGUCAUUGACCCCAAAUCAGGGACAGUCAUCCAUUCUGACCGGUUUGACACCUACAGAUCCAAGAAAGAGAGUGAACGUCUGGCCCAGUAUUUAAACACAGUGCCCGACGGCAGGAUCCUUUCUGUUGCCGUGAAUGAUGAAGGCUCUCGAAACUUGGACGACGUGGCCAGGAAGGCGAUGACCAAAUUUGGCAGCAAACACUUCCUACACCUUGGAUUUAGACACCCUUGGAGUUUCCUAACUGUGAAAGGAGAUCCCUCUUCUUCUGUUGAAGACCACAUUGAGUAUCACGGACACCAUGGCUCUGCUGCUGCCCGGGUAUUCAAACUUUUCCGGACGGAGCAUGGCGAGCUUUUCAAUGUCUCUUCAUCCAGCGAGUGGGUUCAAGAUGUGGAAUGGACAGAGUGGUUUGAACAUGACCAAGCGUCUCACACUAAAGGUGGGGAGAAAAUUUCAGACCUCCGGGCCACUCACCCAGGGAAAAUCUGCAAUCGCCCCAUUGAUAUACAGGCCACUACAGUGGAUGGAGUUAACCUCACCACCGAGGUUGUCUACAAAAGAGGCCAGGAUUAUAGGUUUGUGUGCUAUGACCAGGGCCAAGACUGCCAGAGCUACCGUGUGCGGUUCCUCUGUGGGAAGCCUGUGAGGCCGAAACUCACUGUCACCAUCGACACCAACGUGAACAGCACCAUCCUGAAUCUGGAAGACAAUGUACAAUCAUGGAAGCCCGGAGAUAUCCUGGUCGUUGCCAGUACCGAUUACUCCAUGUACCAGGCAGAAGAGUUCCAGGUGCUCCCCUGCAAAGCCUGUGCCUCCAAGCAGGUCAAAGUAGCAGGGAAACCAAUGUACCUGCACGUUGGGGAGGAGGUAGAUGGUGUGGACAUGCGGGCCGAGGUUGGGCUCCUGAGCCGGAACAUCGUGGUGAUGGGGGAGAUGGAGGAUGAAUGCUACCCCUACAGCAACCACAUCUGCAACUUCUUUGACUUCGAUACCUUUGGGGGCCACAUCAAGUUUGCACUGGGGUUCAAGGCCGCACACCUGGAGGGCGUGGAGCUGAAGAACAUGGGCCAGCAGCUGGUGGGUCAGUACCCAAUUCACUUCCACCUGGCGGGCGAUGUGGAUGAAAAGGGAGGCUACGACCCGCCCACGUAUGUCAAGGACCUCUCCAUCCACCACACGUUCUCUCGCUGCGUCACUGUCCACGGCUCCAAUGGCCUGUUGGUCAAGGACAUUGUGGGCUAUAAUUCUUUGGGCCACUGCUUCUUCACGGAAGAUGGGCCAGAGGAACGCAACACAUUCGAGCACUGUCUCGGCCUCCUUGUCAAGUCUGGAACCCUCCUCCCCUCUGACCGCGACAGCAAGAUGUGCAAGAUGAUCACAGAAGACUCCUACCCGGGGUACAUCCCCAAGCCCAGGCAGGACUGCAAUGCUGUGUCCACCUUCUGGAUGGCCAAUCCCAACAACAACCUCAUAAACUGUGCUGCUGCGGGAUCCGAGGAAACUGGAUUUUGGUUCAUUUUUCACCACGUACCGACGGGCCCCUCGGCCGGAAUGUACUCCCCGGGUUAUUCAGAGCACAUCCCACUGGGAAAAUUCCUUAACAACCGCGCACACUCCAACUACCGGGCUGGCAUGAUCAUAGACAACGGAGUCAAAACUACCCAGGCCUCUGCCAAGGACAAGCGGCCCUUCCUCUCCAUUAUCUCCGCCAGAUACAGCCCCCACCAGGACGCCGACCCGCUGAAGCCCCGGGAGCCGGCCAUCAUCAAGCACUUCACUGCCUACAAGAACCAGGACCAUGGGGCCUGGCUGCGUGGCGGGGACGUGUGGCUGGACAGCUGCCGGUUUGCUGACAAUGGCAUUGGCCUGACCCUGGCCAGUGGUGGGACCUUCCCGUAUGAUGAUGGCUCCAAGCAGGAGAUCAAGAACAGCUUGUUUGUUGGCGAGAGUGGCAAUGUGGGGACAGAGAUGAUGGACAACAGGAUCUGGGGCCCAGGUGGCUUGGACCACAGCGGAAGGACCCUCCCCAUAGGCCAGAAUUUCCCGAUCCGAGGAAUUCAGUUCUACGACGGCCCCAUCAACAUCCAGAACUGCACUUUCCGCAAGUUUGCAGCCCUGGAGGGCCGGCACACCAGCGCCCUGGCCUUCCGUCUGAACAACGCCUGGCAGAGCUGCCCCCAUAACAACGUAACUGGCAUUGCCUUUGAGGACGUCCCGAUUACUUCCAGAGUGUUCUUCGGAGAGCCUGGGCCUUGGUUCAACCAGCUGGAUAUGGACGGGGACAAGACGUCAGUGUUCCAUGACGUGGAUGGCUCUGUGUCCGAGUACCCUGGUUCCUACCUGACCAAGGACGACAACUGGCUGGUCCGGCACCCAGACUGCAUCAACGUUCCGGACUGGAGAGGCGCCAUCUGCAGUGGACGCUAUGCACAGAUGUACAUUCAGGCCUACAAGACCAGUAAUCUGCGAAUGAAGAUCAUCAAGAAUGACUUCCCUAGCCACCCUCUCUACCUGGAGGGGGCCCUGACCAGGAGCACCCACUACCAGCAGUACCAGCCAGUCGUCACCCUGCGGAAGGGCUACACCAUCCACUGGGACCAGACGGCCCCUGCCGAGCUCACCAUCUGGCUCAUCAACUUCAACAAGGGCGACUGGAUUCGAGUGGGGCUCUGCUACCCGCGGGGCACCACCUUUUCUAUCCUCUCGGAUGUUCACAAUCGCCUGCUGAAGCAAACGUCCAAGACGGGCAUCUUCGUGAGGACCCUGCAGAUGGACAAAGUGGAGCAGAGCUACCCUGGCAAGAGCCACUAUUACUGGGACGAGGACUCGGGGCUGCUCUUCCUGAAGCUGAAAGCCCAGAACGAGAGAGAGGAGUUCUCCUUCUGCUCUGUGAAAGGCUGUGAGAGAAUAAAGAUUAAAGCAAUGAUCCCAAGGAAUGCUGGCGUCAGCAACUGCGCGGCCACAGCCUACCCCAAGUUCGCGGAGAGGGCCGUCGUGGACGUGCCGAUGCCCAAGAAGCUCUUUGGUUCUCAGCUGAAGACCAAGGACCACUUCCUGGAGGUGAAGAUGGAAAGUGCCAAGCAGCGUUUCUUCCACCUUCUCAACGACUUUGCCUACAUCGAAGUGGAUGGGAAGAAGUACCCGAGCUCAGAGGAUGGCAUCCAGGUGGUGGUAAUUGACGGGAGACAAGGGCACGUGUUGAGCCAAGCCAGCUUCAGGACCGCCAUCCUGCAGGGCAUCCCGUGGCAGCUCUUCAAUUACGUGCUGGCCAUCCCGGACAACUUCUUUAGCAUGACAUUUUCACGUGCAGAUUCAUACAGAAGGACCAGAUUUGCCAAUUUGGGGAAAUACAUGAUCAUGUAGAGAUUUUUAGUUUUUAUGCCUUUUGGGGCCAAAGGACUUUUUCUGGAAAUGAAACAGGAUGCAGAAGCCUGGAAUAAGAAACUGAAACGCGGAGCUGCUCUGUUUAGAACCAGGGGUGAGAGGCGUGGGGCUACCCCAAGCAGGACUGCUUUCAGCCUGUGCUGCAGCCCUGGUGCACCUUUGCCAAGUACCUGGUGUGAGCCGUGCCCUGGGUUGGCACUGGGUACCCAGAUAGGAAUUGGGUACCACCAGACCCCGCUCUGACCUCCGGGAAAGCGGCAGGGGAUGGGGCAAGGCAGGUCCUGCCCCGCUGUCACCGCAGGCCCAAGCCAGGCCGCCCCCCCCUUACCCGCCCCCCCCACAGGGCCAGCCUUGCCCCAGGGUCCCAGGGAAAGAAGGAGGCGCUGCUCAAACCCGAACCUUCAGGGAUGGCUCUCAGGGGCUGUCUCUGCCCAGCCACCCCGUGGGGACCUCCGCACUGACAGGUCAGGGGCUUGGAGGGCAUGAGAUGCCCAUAUGAGACAGAGAGGGACACCUGAAGUGUGCAGGCAGCUUCUGGGUGCCGUCAGGAGGCUGGGCGCACGAGAAGCUCUGUCCCCCUGUCCCGCUCCUGGGAGCCCCGUCUGGAGGGCAUGACCUUUGUUUGAGUCCAGCCCAGCAAGAAGGCUUAACUGAGCCAAAGGGAUGUUAGCUUUUCUUCUGAAUGGGAACAGAGCCCGAAUCCAAAGUUGAGGCUGUGUUUGCGACGCUCCCUCUCUCCUUCAGUCACCAGUCCCCCUUGGCUUUCCUGGAGAGCCAGGUGCAGUCCCCAGCUCCCUUCCCCUCCGCUCCUCCUGCACACAAGAGCGUUGCAUUUUAAGAGCUUGCCUUCUGCCCUCAAUGGGACACAAAUGGGGGUAACAACAGCUUCCAGAAUCCUAUACGGUUUUUCCAUGUCUGGACUGUAGUCUGUGGUUACAGGAUUCCUCUGAGCUGCAAACUAGAAGCCCCAGUCGGGCCUCUGCCCCUGUUUCUAUUCCUGGGGGAGGUGUGCACUUCCUGCCGUCUGGUCCUGCAGGCUGUCUGCCACCACGACGACGGCUGUUUUCCCAGCACUUUGGCCCGAAUGCAACCAGGGCAGGGGAAGAGAGACUCUUUGCUCCCAAGCUGGGCUUUUGCAAGUCAGGACCUUCAGGCUGGGCUCGCUCAUUGCCCCAGGCCUCUGCCUCCGCCCAGGCACGGCUUCCCCUUUGGCAGGGCCUCUCAGAUACUUGGUAACUGUUUGCCUCCAUCACCCGCUUUGUAAAAUGGAACAGUAACGCCGUCCUGCCUGAGCGGAGAGGGAGGAUGUGAACCUAAGGGGUUAAGCCUCCUCUGAGCACAGGGUGACUCCCCACUCUGGCUUCUUCCAGCACCCCCGUCUCCAUCUAGCCCUGCUCAGACAGGGUUUGCAUAUUUAAGUUAAGAGAUGGUGCUGCAGUCGUUGGCGUGCCCGGCCCCCCCACCCCGGGGGGUGUGCUCUGCGAACCUGCUCCGUCCUCUGUGGGGACAGACAGGCAGCGGCAGUGAGCUGAGAGCAGGCGCAGAGAAGGCCGUGCACACCAACGGCAGCCGGAUGUGUGGGAGGGUGCUCAGGAUGUGGGUCAUCACAUGGAAAGAGCCGGGCAGCUCGGCACGCGGGAGAGGCUGCCCUUCCCCAGGCCCUGGCGGGCCUCUGGGCGCUGCUAGCUCCAGUCCCGCCAGGCCCAAACCAGCAUCCCUCCCGGGGAACCCCCGACUCCAGCUUGUCGUCGAGUCCUCUCAUCCAUCCC